AUGAAUAACCUCGGUAAACUUCUAUGCGAGCGGCUUAUGAUAAGAGUGGGAGGUGAGAUAGUAUACGACAAUAACGGUGAAAGUCUCAUCGAAGUCUACAAAGAUCUCUGGAAGACUGACCCAAAAAGAGCGAACAUGGUAGAAUAUGGGAUUAUGAACGAAAACACAAGAAAGAUGUUAUCGAAGGAUGACAGUGUCGAUCAGACCGCAAAGGAGGACGGCGGUUAUGACCUGGUAAUGGCAAAGGUAUACAAGGAGCAGAAAAUGAAACUUGGAAAAAUACUUAAUGACCAUGGUCCUUACACACCGUACAGCAUGAAGAGCGGAUUCGAGUACACGGUAACCCUCCCAAAAGCCGACAAGAUUAUGGUUGCACAGUCAAACGAGAAGGUGGAAGGAUAUGCAUUGAAGAAUAUACACUUGGAAUACGAAACUAUUGAGAAUGAAGAACUGGCCAAACGGGUAAACGAAGGAUACGAAACCGGUAGGUCCCUAUCCUAUGAACACGCAACACUGUUGAAAACAACUGUGUGGGCGAAGUCAUCUGGCAAAGCAAGGUUUAACGAAACCACAGACGUUCCGAGGGAAAGCAUGAGAGGGCUGUGGUCCUACUUUUCAGAAAAAGAACGGUAA